AUGAAGCUGCUUCUCCUCUUUGCCAGCACUGCCCUCGCAACAUGGCACAAACCUCUACCUGGGCACUUGUCCCUCCUCACUCGCGACUAUAACGGCAACUGCACUGCCAAAAACACCUGCUCUGACUGCUACGGCCCAGGAAACAUCAUCUGCGACAACGCAGGCUGCUUCAAUCCAGAAAAGGGGGAGCAAUGCUGCAAAGACGGCUAUUCCUGUGUAGCAAAAGAUAACUCCUGCUGCGAUGCCUUGGGAACAGGAACACCAGGAAGAGACGGCCUGCUCCCCUUCCCCACCACCUCCUCAACAGCAAGCACCCUCGACACGAUAAUCUGCACGGCCCAGCAAACCAACGAACAAUGCUGCACGCAGAACGAUCCGUCCUUGAAAUGGUGCUCCGGGAGUUACCCCAACCAAUUAUGCUACAACCCCAAGUAUCAGAACUGCUGUUCCGAGGGGACGGUGUGUUUCGGCGAGGGGUGCUGUGCUCUAGUCAGCGCGAGCGCUAUCACGCCUGAUCCUGCGCUUGCAACUGCGUUGCCGGGUGGGAAUAAUGAGUCCGUGUCUGUGUCUACGUGGGGGCCGGGCACAACCUCGGUGAAGUUGGGUACUGGCUCUGCUAUUAUUGCAACUGCAACUACAACCACAACUGGCAAUUCGAAUCCGACACAGAGCACGAAUGCGGCUCUUGCGAAGGGGAUUAAUGGCGUGUUGAUGGGCGCUGGAGUGGUCAUGGCGGGACUGGGCUUGGAGCUUUAG